AUGAGUCCAACGUGGACAAUUCUUUUAUUUCUUGCUACAAUGUAUCCAGCCCAAUCUGUGGAUUUAACCAGAUUAUCGUUUCUCUCAGUAAAGUCUGGAGAACGUGUUACACUUAAGUGCCCAUUCGGAGACAUUCCUAAGGCUGAAAGUGUGGUUUGGUACAAACAAACCUUUGGAGAAAUGCCUCAAAAAGUUGGAGAAAGAUUAGUGCAUAAGGGUGACAAAGUUUCUCCUGAGCUCAAUGCGUCAGGAUUUAUAAUGGAGACGACUGAUAACAGCUUUUUCCUAACAAUUUCAUGUGUAGGAAAAGAACACGGAGGACUUUACUACUGUGGAAAAUUUAGCUGGGAGAAUUUUGCAUUAUCUAAUGGAACUUUCUUGGAUGUAGAAGGUGAAUCAGAUGUAAAAGUGUCAGUAUCACAGAGAGGCAGGUUGGACUCGGUUCCUGCAGGAGCGUCAGUGACUCUGCAGUGCUCGGUUCUCUCUGAGAGCAGAGCAGCAGAACUCCAAGUGCUCUGGUUCAGAGCUGCUCCACCACAAUCCCAUCCUCAAAUCAUUUACACUCAUCACAACAGCAGCCAUCAGUGUGAGAGCGGCUCUUCUACACACACCUGUGUAUACAACUUCUCCAAGAACAUCCUCAGCCUCAAUGAUACUGGGACUUACUACUGCGCUGUGGCCGUGUGUGGGAAGAUCAUUUUUGGGAACGGAACACGAGUACAAAUAGAGGACUUUAAAAACAUUGUGAGAUCUUUAGGUCCUGAUGGGAUUUACCUCGCAGCAUUGGCAGUGUGUGUGCUCGUAAUUUUUACUCAAGCAUAUAUUAUUUGUAAAAUGCGACACUGUUACCAAGUGAAGCCUCAACAAGACUCAGCCCAUCUGGAUCGUGAUGAAACUGAGGUGAAUUAUGCUGCUUUAGAUUUCAAUAAAAAGAACAGCAAAAGAGGGACAAGAAAGAAAGAGAAACCUGAAGAUUGUGUUUAUUCUGAAGUGCCAUAUGCUAAUUAAGUGCCUUAAAUGUCUAACGAGAGGUUAAGUUUGUUAUGCAGUUUGUUAAAAGUGCACAUAGAGGGGUGUAGCAGUUCAAGUA